UUGACUGAGGUUYGUGUAAACUGAAACCACAGUUUUAACUGUUAAAACAUUCGUUCCGAAGGAAUUGACGCACACUAUACACCAGUAAAUGCGAAUCAAURAUGCUACAGGCACGUAGGAUUUUAUUGGGAUUAUAUUUUGGGAGCGUCAUUGUGUUCAGUGACGGCGCACCACAAGACUGUAAUAUGGACUUCGUUAGCAAAGAAUCAAGACCAUGUACAAGGAAAUUCUUAGACACCAUGAUACAAAAUCCCUCUGUGAAUUGCAGCAAAGUGUUCAAGAACAUGACUUCCUGUCUUCAUAACAUCUUGUUCAGCAAGUGUUUUGAUAAUUCCAUUGCUGAUGAUCCCUCCUUCAAGCCACAGUUAGAACAACUGUUUAACUAUUACGCGCGGUCUAUUGCAAGCGUGGAAUCCGCGUUCUGUUCAGAAGGGGCAGUUGAGAUAAAUGCAACGGCAAUUCAACCAGAAUUGAAGAGCUUUAUCCCGUGCAAAGAACARAUGUUCGAGGAGGGACCGAUCUGUUCGAAGGAUUUUGUCGCCAAGUUCAAAGCCAGUAGGAAUGAUUCUUCACUGUGUGGAUUGUAUUCCAAAGCCAAACACUGUGAAACUUCUGUUGUCAARAAAUACUGCAGAAAAGAGAUAGUUCAACUCGUGGAUCCUUACAACCCGUUCUGCAAGAAAGUCGAAGUUAAAAGYAAUCAGGCAUCGCGGCAAACCCCUGGAAUAUGUUUUUAUCUUCUGCUGCUCUUUGUAUAUAUGAUAAAACUGGUAGCUUUUGAAAGUCUGUAAGGUAGAGUGAGAACAUUAAAUCAGUGUAAGAAAUCCUGAUAGUCAAAAGUACUGGUAAGCUGUUAAAAACAGACGUUUUUCGAUGUGCUUCAGAGAUUUGAUUUGCUGCAAUUGUAYUACCCACGCAGCAGGGAGCAUUUCACUUAUCUAUUAURUGUGAGCUUUUCCGCGGCCAUAUUCAAUUCAGUGCUUGAUUUCAGGUAGCGACAGCCGUUCACGACUCAUGUAACUGGACAUUAAUAGUCACUAAAUUGUGUAUGAAUUAUAUUGCCUAGUAAAAUUCUAUAGCAAAGGUAAUAAUAUACUAGAACACACAGAAGACGAUAAAGAAAUAAAGUUGUAAAACCAGAAAAAAUAAUUGAUAUAAAAUAAAUGUUUGCYAUGA